AUGACGCUUGGAAUCUUAAAUCAAGCUCAACUAUUGACAAUAAAUACUUUAUAUAUGAUAAUCUUUAAUUUAUUAAAAUCGAAAUUUGUGGCCAUUCCAAUUAAUUCAUGACAUUUCACAAUCUGUCAGUGUGGGCUUCUUGCGUUUCUUGUGACAGGUGGCAAGCGACAUUUUGGAAAUCCUCUGAUGAAGUUGGUAAACGUCAAUGGCUCGACGAAUUAUUUUCUUGAAAAUUUGGAAAUUUGGAACAAAUCCAGUCAUCGCCAACGCCAUUUUCAGUCGAUCGCAAUUUAUAUGUGUAUGAAAAUGGACGACCAUAGCGAUUCUGAAGAUUCACUGAUGAUAGCUCAAAAAUCGUGGACUCGCGUAAUUGAUGCUGCUUCUAAAACCGGAUAUCGUGACGGAAUUGAAGAAGGUUCACAAGCGGUUCUCCAAAAAGAUUUUGAUCAGGGUUACGAGGAUGGUUUCAAAGCUGCUUUCGAAUUGGGAAAGUACAAAGGUCUGUCGUCAAUAUAUUUCAAAGAUCAUGCACAUCCGGACGAAAUAGUUGGAAUACUCGAGAAAACAAGAAGAGGAGCGUGUCACAUUUGUAUAUCGGAAUCGAAGGAAAGGGCAUCAGGGGACGAGAAUUCAUCAACGACGAAGAUAAUUGAAGAUCAUCGAAAACACGUAGAAUCGAGGUUAAAAGUUUUGCGAGAAUAUUUCGAGCCUCUCAUGAAGGAAAAAAGGAUAAAUGUUGUUUCGCUCGAAAAUUGAACUCCUAAAUAAAAUUGUACAUAUUUUAAAAAUAUUUUGACGACUUGGCUGGAAGAAUAAAUUUGGACAUGAAAAUCA